UAAGUGUAACGUUUAAACUCUUCUCACUUGUUUUAAACUCGUGUCUUCUCACACACAGUCUAGCUACACUUCCACUCAAUGGCGGCAUCACGAGUUUUGUGUCUCCUUGCAUUGACUCUAUCUCUCUUCGCCGUCAUUUACACCGUCUCCGGCCAUAACAUCACACAAAUUCUCUCCGAAUCGCCGGAAUAUUCCUCCUUCAACAGCUACCUUUCCCAAACAAAGCUCAACGACGAGAUCAACAGCCGCACUACCAUAACGAUCCUUGUCCUCAACAAUGACGUGAUGUCUUCCCUCGCAGGAAAACAUCCACUCUCCGUCGUCAAAACUGCUCUCAGCCUCCUCGUCCUCCUUGAUUACUACGAUCCCCUUAAGCUCCAUAAGAUCUCUCAAGGCACCACACUUACCACCACGCUUUACCAAACAACCGGUCGAGCUGCCGGAAACCUAGGGUUCGUCAACGUCACUGAUCUCAAAGGAGGCAAAGUCGGCUUUGGCUCUGCCGCUCCUGGUUCCAAACUUGGUGCCAACUACACCAAAUCCGUUAAACAAAUACCUUACAACAUAUCCGUUCUUGAGAUCAACGCUCCGAUCAUCGCUCCAGGAAUCUUAACCGCACCAGCUCCCUCCAACAACAUGACCGAACUUCUUGAGAAAGCUGGUUGUAAGAUAUUUGCUAGUAUGCUUCUCUCGAGCGGUGUGGUUAAAACCUACGAAUCCACGGUCGAAAAAGGUUUGACCGUUUUUGCACCGUCCGACGAAGGUUUCAAAGCCGAAAGUGCACCAGAUCUGACGAAGCUCACACAAGCUGAGGUGGUCUCGCUCCUAGAGUAUCACGCCCUAGCGGAAUACAAACCCAAAGGCUCAUUGAAGAUCAACAAAAAUGUAAUCUCCACGCUAGCCACUAACGGUGCCGGAAAAUAUGAUUUAACGACGUCAACUUCCGGUGACGAAGUUAUCCUUCACACUGGCGUUGGUCCGUCGAGAGUUGCUGACACAGUGGUUGAUGAGACACCCCUUGUAGUAUUCAAGGUGGAUAAAGUCCUCCUCCCCAUAGAGCUCUUCGGAAAAUCUCCAUCUCCGGCGCCCGAACCAGUGAGCACACCGACACCAACGCCGUCGGCUAAGUCUCUGUCUCCGACUCCUACUAAGUCACCGUCUCCAAGGAAAGAACCGUCACCGGUCGCAGCUUCUCCACCGGCACCUCCUGUUGAUGAACCUUCGGAAGAAGCUCCGUCAGACUCGCCAACAAGUUCAGAGAACAUCCGUGCAAAAAACGCAGCGUUUCACGUGAAUACCCAUGCGUACUUCACCGCAAUGGUCACUCUUGCGGCCACAUCCCUAUUCCUAUAGAAAAUCUCUUGCAACUUCUUAUUAUAUUACGCAGACUGUCGCUCCACUUUGUUGUUUUUUUUGGUAUUAUAUUCUGUUUAGCUUUCAUUUUCAUUUGUGAGUUUGUGGCUUUGUAGUACUGGUGUACUGUUGGAACGUUGAGAUCUAUUCUAGCUAAUUUUUGUA